AUGUCCGUGUGCGUUUCACCUCUGGUACAAGCAACGACUCUGAUGACAGAAAUCGAGAGUCUAACAUGUCCACAAUGUCCCAAGUCAUUCUCAAGUACGAAAUUAUUGCAGCAACAUCAGCAGAUGUUUCAUACAGAUAAGUCUAUACUACUCUCAUUGAAGCCAACCGAUGCACCAGUGGGAAUGGAUCGAGCAUUCAUAUGUGAAACAUGUGGGAAAGCAUUUCGGUUUCGUUCCAACUUAGCAGAACAUCGAUCAGUACAUACAGCAUUAAAACCAUAUGUGUGUAAAUUUUGUGGUAAAUCAAGUAGAUUAAAAGGUAAUUUAACAAAACAUAUAUUAAAACAUCACAAGAAAGAACAGAAUGAAGCAAUAGCAAAAGAUGAUAUUAUUGUAAAAAAGGCACCAAAGACACCAGUAAAAGAGAACGGUUCAUCAGCAACAAUAACAACAACCGCAGCAACAACAAAUGGAACAACAUCAACCAUCUCAACAUCAGCAACAGCAACAGCAACAGUUAUCACAACACCAUCAACGGGAUUAAAUGGAAACAGUCAUAAUAACAACAAUAGCAUGAGUGCAAUCAACAACAACCUGAGAACGAUCAAGGCAGAAAUCGAAGAUCCAGAUUACCCAUCUGUCAUGAUGAAAGUAACACCAACUCCAGUUGUCACAAAAGUUGUCGCAUCUACAACUACACCCAGAUCAAGACCUCAACCAAAAGAAAGUAUUGCCAUGGCUACAGCUACACCAGUAGUGAUUGAAGAAAAGGAAGAUGAAGAGAUCUGCAUGCUGCCAAAGGACAUGUCCACCGACUUCGACAGGGCCGUCCUCAUCAGCCUCGGACUCGAUUUCGCAAUCAAAAAGGAAGCCAGUUCAUCGCCAGACUCCGUAAAUUCCGAUAAUUCCGACGACUAUGAUCGAGACAGCCCACCACUGCCAGAUAUUCAACCGCCGAUUGGUGGUGAGGCGACGUUGGCGCUGAUUGUCGCUGCAACAAAUGCUUCUCUGCAGCGUGAUGGUGGAUCACCGGAUUCCACUGAUAGCCAAAAGGGGGCCAGUCCUGAAAGGGAAUUGUCACCGGAAAGUUCAUCCAGUAGUGAUUCGUGUCCAUCACCACCAAAAAUGCUUCAAUGCAAGGAGUGCGGAAAAAUAAUUAGGAAGAAAUCUCAUCUUCCAAUCCAUAUGACAAUGAGCCAUGGGUAUCCACCACCAAUGGUUGCUACUGCUACUGUCGUCGAGGAGUGUAAACCAAAGAACGGAACUAUCGAUGUUGAACUCGAACUGCGCAAUAUCGCCACUGCCAUCUCUGAACUCCGAGCUGCUCAAGCCGCUGCACCACGCAUUGAAGAUGUUCAGGCACUGAGCCAAAUUGACUGCCGAGUGGGAAAGCUUGAGAGAAGUUUGGAAACAGCAUUAAACUCCAUUUACACCCUUGUACAAUUGCAAUCUGGAAUGACAAGCAGUGUUAACCGGUUACGAGAGGAUUCAGCCAAACACUUCAGCGAACUCAAAGACAGUGUGAACCGAGCGUACUCACCAAGAAGAAUGUACAGGCGGUCAUCCUUCCGAUCAGGCUCGUACUCCAGAGACCGUUCCCGUUCACCAAUCGGCCUUCUCGAGAGAGAUGAGGUGGGCAAUUCCGUCGUACAUCUGCUUGACGGCCUCGAACUCGGUGAGUCCAAGACGAGCCUUGUUGGAGAUGUCGUAGACUCCUCCCUCAGACUCGGAGUGCUCUCCGUGGAUUCCACGAAUUUGGAGCUUGAGUCCAUCGCAGAUCGACUUGAAGUCUGGCUUGGCCGAGAUCUUUGGAAGACGGAUGUGGACGGAGGCGCGGACGGUGGUUCCCAAGUUGGAUGGGCAGAAGGUGAGCCAUCCGAGACGGUCGUCGCGGGAGAAUGGAGCCUGCUUCUCGAUGGUCUUGACUCCCUUGAUGAGACGCUCCAAGACUUGUCCGACGUUUCCUCCCUCUUGCAUGGAGAUGAUACGGAGAUGGUCCUCUUCGUUGCACCAGAUGAGGAAAGUCUUCUGGUUGUUGUGGAAGAUUCCACGUCCCUUUGGCCAGUAACGGCAAGCGUUGGCGGCUUGGAGGAAUCUGGAAAAUGUUUAGUUUAA